CCGGGUAUGCUUAUUGUGAUUGUAUCCUUCGAUACUACAUUACGAGUCAAUAAAAAACGCCCUUUAUCAGAAAAAAAAACUCUCGCUGCUCAGUGCAUCAGCACAAUGGCCGCUUCACCCACGCCAAAAACUCAUCUUUGACUAGCACGUACACUCCAUGGCACGGCAAGGCGAUGGCUGGACCCUGGACAAAUUUGACUGCCUUGGAAAAACGUAUGCUCGCCGUGCCGUGCACGCGGCGCCAGAAUCAUGAUCAUAAAUCCACCGCCCACUCUCCCUACUCACUCCACACAACCAAACAGCCAAGAUUCAAUCAAUGGCCGCUCUCUCAUCACCUUCCCGUAUUCUCAUCUUUAUACUGGUACUACUACUCUCCACCGUCUCCGCUGCUGCUGCUUCUUCUUCUUCCCGUCUGACCAGCGGCAAUGGCAGUGACACCGAUCUUGCCGCGCUGCUGGCUUUCAAAGCCCAGCUCGCCGACCCUCUCCGCAUCCUUGCCGGCAACUGGACCACCGGCACUCCUUUCUGUCGUUGGGUCGGCAUCUCGUGCAGCCGACAUAGGCAACGUGUCACUGCUCUAUCGUUGCCGCACGCACCUCUCGUUGGAUCCGUGGCACCUCAUGUCGGUAACCUCUCUUUCCUUUCUGUUCUCAACCUCACUCUCACCAACCUCACAGGCCCAAUUCCACCCGAACUUGGCAGGCUACAUCGUCUUACAUAUCUUGGUCUUGCAAGAAAUAGCCUGUCAAACACCAUACCUACUACCCUAGGGAACCUCACAAGGCUCAAGUCCCUUGACCUAGGUUUCAACCAACUCUCAGGCCAGAUUCCCGUUGAGAUGCUGCUACGUAUGCACAACCUUAUGGUAAUUAAUUUGUUCAGCAAUGAUCUGAGUGGCCAAAUACCACCACAUUUGUUCAACAACACGCCUUUCUUGAAGGUCAUCAGUUUUGGAAAUAACAGCCUGUCAGGUCCUAUACCACACGUCGUUGCACGAUUAUCCAUGCUUGAGAUAUUGGACAUGGAGCGUAAUCAACUCUCCGGCCUAGUACCGCAAGCCAUAUACAACAUGUCCAGGCUACAAAUCAUGGCAUUUGCAUAUAACGGUAACCUAGCUGGAAUAUUUCUGAGCAAUCAAAGUUUUAACCUCCCACUGUUGCGCUUUAUUUCACUAUAUAGAAACAAUUUCGCUGGCCAGUUUCCAUCAGCGCUUGAAUCAUGCCGGUACCUAGAGGUGCUUGAUUUGGGUGACAAUUUUUUUGUGGACGUUGUGCCAAUAUGGUUAGCCAAAUUAUCACGACUCACCUGGCUUAACUUACAAUCUAACAACAUUCUUGGCCCAAUCCCGGCUGCUCUUAGCAAUCUCACCAGUCUUACUCGUCUCGAUCUCUCCAACUGCAGUCUAAAAGGAGAGAUUCCACCAGAAUUAGGUCUUAUGCGGGAACUCUCGUUUCUGUCUCUUACACGCAAUCAAUUGGUAGGUAAUAUUCCAGCUUCGCUUGGCAACUUAUCCAAAUUGUCUGUCCUAACUUUGCCAGGUAAUCAAUUGUCGGGACAAGUACCAGCAACAUUAGGGAAACUUGCAGCUUUGACCGUGCUUGAAUUGUCAAGUAACAAUUUAGAGGGGAAUCUAGACUUCCUUUCGAGUCUUUCCCAGUGCAGGCAACUCUGGUUCCUCGGUAUACAUAAUAAUUCUUUCAGAGGAGUCCUCCAUGGCCAUGUGGGAAACCUCACUUCACGGUUGACCAUUUUUCGAGCAGGUUAUAACAAAUUAACAGGUGGAAUUCCUGCAGCAAUUUCAAACAUUAGCAGCCUUGAACUGAUAGAUCUUCGUGACAACCUAUUCACUGAGCCGAUUCCCGAUUCCAUCGCUAUGUUAGAGAAUCUUGUAGAUCUUGAUCUCUCACACAAUGACAUGUUAGGCCCUAUCCCAGCACAAAUGGGUAUGCUUCGGAGUCUAGGACAGUUACUCCUUGAAGCAAACAAAUUCUCAGGAUCCAUACCAAGCACCUUUGGUAAUCUUAGUUUCUUACAAAACAUCGACUUGUCUAAUAACAAGUUGGGGUCAACGAUACCCCCAAGCCUUUUCCGCCUAAAUAAACUUAUCACAUUGGAUGUUUCUCACAAUUCCAUUGAUGGUGCACUACCAGAUGAUGUUUCUGGUCUAAGACAGAUUGAUCAAAUUGAUCUCUCUUCGAACUUCUUGGUAGGAAGCAUCCCAGAAUCAUUUGGACAACUUGAUAUGCUAACAUACGUAAAUCUAUCUCAUAACUCCUUCAAAGGCUCAAUUCCCGACCCACUGAGAAAACUAGGAAGCUUAGCAUCAUUAGACCUUUCAUUCAACAAUCUCUCUGGUAUCAUUCCCAUGUUCCUUGCCAACUUUACCUUCUUGACUACCUUGAACCUCUCAUUCAAUAGGUUAGAAGGCCAAAUACCCGAGGGGGGUGUUUUCUCAAACAUCACCUUGCAAUCUUUGAUUGGGAAUGCUGGGCUAUGUGGUGCUCAACGUCUAGGAGUGUCGCCAUGCCUUGAUAGAUCUAGAUCAAGUAACAAACACUUGCUAAAAAUUCUACUCCCAACACUCAUAUUAGCCUCUAGUGCCAUUGUCAUUUGCUUGUAUCUAUGGUUUGGAAAAAAACUAAAGAAGGAAAAGAACAAUGCUUCUGUUGAUACAAGCAAUGUUCCGGGUCACGAGAUAAUCUCCUAUCAUGAGCUCAUUCGCGCCACCAAUAAUUUCAGUGAAGAUAACAUUUUGGGUUCCGGAAGCUUUGGGAAAGUCUUCAUGGGAAGACUGAGCAGUGGUUUGGUGGUUGCGAUAAAAGUUCUUGACAUGCAGCUCGAGCAGGCCAUUCGAAGUUUUGAUGUUGAGUGUCGAGUACUUCGCAUGGCGCGGCACCGUAACCUGAUCAAGAUACUCAACACGUGCUCUAACCUUGACUUUAGAGCACUGGUGCUUCAAUACAUGCCAAAUGGCAGCUUAGAGACACUCCUACACCGGUCUGAGGGUACACGACAUGUGGGGUUCCUAGAGAGACUGGACAUCAUGCUCGACGUGUCAAUGGCACUUGAGUAUCUGCACCAUGAUCACUAUGAGCUGAUCCUGCACUGUGACUUGAAGCCUAGCAAUGUGUUGUUUGAUGAGGAGAUGACUGCACAUGUGGCAGACUUCGGCAUUGCAAGGUGGCUUCUCGGUGAUGACACCUCUAUGAUAUGUACGAGCAUGCCCGGAACGGUUGGAUACAUGGCACCAGAGUACGGUUCACUCGGAAAAGCAUCACGGAAGAGCGACGUGUUUAGUUACGGGAUUAUGCUUCUUGAAGUCUUUACUAGAAGGAAGCCAACUGACGCCAUGUUUGAUGCACAGCUAACCUUUAGGCAAUGGGUUUGUCAGGCAUUUCCUGCGGAGCUUGUCCAAAUCAUCGAUGGUCAGCUACUGCAAGGCUCCCCUCUUUCUAGCUGCAGUUUGGAAAAUGGCUCUCUUGCAUCUGUGCUCGAGUUGGGUUUGCUCUGUUGCAGCGACUCGCCUGACCAAAGAACAACGAUGCGUGAUGUGGUCGUGACGUUGAAGAAGAUCAAAGCUGAAUACAUCAAACAGACAGCAACAACAUCACGUAGUGCAACACAAUGAUCGAGCUCCCUUUUAGCCUGAUACUAUGUCAUCUGUAAGACUGCAACUAUGCGUGGGUGUAUUUGUUUCGCUUCUUUUGCACUAAGAGCAGCCACUUCCCUACUAGAGUGGGCACGAAUGAAUGUGAGUAUUUGGCAUGUACAACCGUUUGGUCAGCUUUUCUUUUCUCCGGUUGCGUGAGUACGUAACAUUCUUGUUUCCUUUCUAUCAAUU